AUGUCGCGCAUCAGUUCUGCAGCGCAGCCGCGGGCACUCACCCUCACUGAAGAGCUCGAAAAACUCGAGCAAUCCAUCACGCUCACAUUGCAAGAGAUUGAUCACAAUUUCAGCCGUGCCCACCGCAUCGUCACAUCGAGUAUCCUGCCUAUCGUCGAACAAUAUGCCGUCCAUUCGAAGGAUGUUUGGGAAGGGUCGAGAUUCUGGAAGCAAUUCUUUGAGUCCAGCGCCAAUGUCUCCCUCUCGGGAUACGAGGAGCGACCGUCACAGUUAGAGACGACGGACGAGAUAACAGACAACACAGUCACGGAAGAGUCCAAUGCCACAACACAUACGACGCUGGAAACGUCGGAAUCGUACGAGACACCUGCUGCGCAGCAUAUCUCGACGGACUCGAUACAAGAUCUUGAUCUGUCCAACUUGACCAUGUCGCCAUCUCACAGCACGCCACGGCCACCACGGCCACAGCAGGCCAACUUUGCCGACUAUCCUUCUCCCUACGAAGCGCUCCGUCGAGAGAUCAAUAACACAACAGUCGAUGCAACUUCAUUGACCCACGGCGCAAUGCCCGAAACCCCUGGAAGACCAGUCUUUCCGAUUGAUGCUAUCGCGCGCACCCCAGAAUCCUCUCCAUAUCUCCCCCCACAGCCAACUUCUAUACCUCGCCCUUCGACCACUCGGAAAAAGACCGACCCGGUGCUCCAUCAUGUGUUAGACCGGACUUAUCGUUUGCAAGCAACGCCCAUGACCGCCAGCCGGUAUACCGAUAUCCACCACAAGUCCACAACACGACUGUUCGCGACAGGAAGACAGAACACAAGUGUUGAUCCAACACUGUCAUCUAGUCCAGUUGCACCACCUGAACUACAUCCAGAAAUAUUCUCGUCCCCAGAACGCAAGACCCGGAUUCCGGGAGUCAGUGUUCUGAGUCCUGCAAAGCACAAGGGAGAGAAGCUAAGCGCCCCCACACGUACUCAAGGCAUAUGGGACAGUGAUGACGAUGAUCUGGACGACGAAAUCGACUUUGGCCAGAGUCCCCCCAAGACCAUGCAGUUUCAUAUUCCUCAGAACCGACUCCUAAAGACGCCAGCCAAGGAAGCCUCUCAACGUAUCGUGGAUGACAUCCUUACCCGAGCUGGGAUGGACUUCGAAGAGGAAGAGAUCGACUUCUCCCGCGAGCUCGAGACGGAGGCACUUGAUGUUGGCGCCGCCAGCCCUAGCGUGGUGCGCGCCACCGCCAAUAUUGAGGAUGAGACAUUCUAG